AUGCCGCACGACAAUCGCAUAGAGCAGCUCGAAGCUUUGAAGAAUAUCGAAACCAAUGCCGACUUUUAUGAGAAGCUUGCGGCCGGCAGCAUUGCUGUCGGUCCCUCACCCAACUCGUCUCUAAGCAAUGGCAAUGGCAGUGUGUCACAACAGCCAUACUAUAUCCCUGUGCCUAUCACGAUAAAAUCGCAGCUUGGAAGCCCCACCGCUCUCGCAAUUGGUGCAUUCUCAACGACCCUUUCGACCCUCGGAAUGGCGCUCAUGGGUUUUCGCGAUGUGGGCAUUACGAACGCAUUCGUUGGCAACUUCUUCGGAGUGGCAGGAAUCGGGAUGGUAAUCUCUGCAAACUGGGAAAUAGUUCUGGGUAACACAUAUGCCUACACCGUGCUUUCAGCUUUUGGAUUCUUUUACCUCGGUUUUGGUGUCAUCUUGACACCCUACUUUGGUGUUGCGGAGGCCUAUGGUGGCUCGGAUACCGUGGGAUACAACAACGCUCUCGGCUUCUUCGUCCUAAUGUGGUCCGUCUGGAAUUUCUUCUUCCUCAUUGGAUCGCUGCCUCUUAACCUUGUGUACAUUGGUAUCUUCGCCACUGUUCAGGCCGCAUUUACGCUCGUUUCAGCUGGGUAUUUCGUCGCUGCAGAUGGAAACGCAGAUCUAGCCAAAGCAAUCAACACUGCCGGUGGCGCAUUUGCAUUCGCAUCAGGGAUGCUAGGCUACUAUACUGUGGCGAACUUGAUGUGUCAAGAGGCUCUCAACUUUUCUUUCCCAAUGGGAGACACGAGCCGCUUCUUCCGGCGUAAGCAGAAGAAUCUCUGA